AUGGAAGACCAUAGCCAGAAGAAUGCCGAUGAGUGCCUGGCUCGAGCUGUAUAUGCCACAGGCUCACCCCUCAUGCUCAGUGAGAAUGUGUACUGGAAGAGAUGUUUCAAUGUUAUUUGCCCUGGAUACUCUCCUCCCAACAGAGAUGCUCUGUCUACUCAUUUACUGGAAGCUGAGUUCAACAGAGUGCAAGGAAAGGUGAAGGAAACAAUAGAGAAGGCAGACAGUGUUGCUGUUAUCUCCGAAGGGUGGUCAAAUGUGCAAGGUUAUGGCAUCAUAAACUACAUAGUCUCUACUCCUCUACCAUUGGUUUUCAAGACAACAGACAAAAAGGACAACACACACACGAGCACGUACAUUGCUGAUGAGCUGAAAGCUGUAAUCAAUGACAUUGGACCACAGAAGGUGUUUGCUGUUGUUACUGAUAGUGCCGCAAACAUGAAGGCUGCCUGGGCACAAGUGGAGGAGGCCUACCCUCACAUUACACCUAUUGGGUGCACGGCUCAUGGGCUUAACCUACUCAUCAAGGACAUCAUGAGUUUGCAAACGAUGGAAACGCUAUACAAGACAGCCAAGCAAGUUGUACAGGAUGUCAGGAGCAAAGAGGAAAUGGCAGCAACCUACAGCAAGAAAAAUACAAAGAAAAGUAACUCCACACUGAAGCUGCCCUGCAACACUGGAUGGGCUGGGGUUGUCACCAUGUACAACAGCCUUCUGAAGCACAAGGAGUCUUUGCAAGAAAUGGCAAGAUCGCAGUCUGUGGAUAUUGAAAUCUCCAUCAGGAAAAUACUGCUUGAUGAUGUGUUUUGGGAGAGAGUGGUUCGCAAUCUUACACUACUCUCACCGAUCGCAUCUGCCAUUGAUCAGAUUGAAGGAGAGGAUGCUGUCUUGUCAGAUGUUCUCAGGCUUUUUGCUGAUUUAAAAGACAAAAUCAGCAUGGCCCUCCCUUCAGCCUUGCUACUCAACACAGAGGAGUCGGCAGUUGUUCGAUUUGUGGAGAUGUGUGGAGAGUUUUGUAUCAAGCCAAUUCACGCAGCAGCAUACAUGCUAGAUCCGAAGCAUAUUGGGAAACAAAUACUUUCUGGAGAACAGAUCAACAGUGCAUACUAUGUGAUUUCUACCCUCUCACACCACCUCAAUCUUGAUGAGGGUAAAGUUCUGGCAAGUCUGGCAAAGUUCUCUACCAAGCAAGGCCUUUGGAAUGGGGAUGGGAUAUGGCAAUCAUGCCAGCACAUUUCUCCCUACACCUGGUGGAAGGGGCUCUGUGCAUCUGAGGCCCUGUCACCCAUCGCCUCUGUGAUCCUUCAGAUCCCACCAACAUCAGCAGCCUCUGUGCGCCACAGAGCAUUCUUUGGGAAAACCCAAACAAAGGUGGGCAACAGUCUAACAAACAACAGAGUGGAGAAAUUGGUGGCUAUCAGGGCGAACCUUAACCUUUUUGAGCCAGGAACAGAACUAGGGUCCAGCACACAGCUUCAGAGUGAUACAAAGGAGGAAAUGGACAUUAAAUCAGAGUCUGAAUGA